UGUGGUGUUACAAUAAGGAGGAAUUCAGACCAAAAAACUGCAGUUCCACCUUAUAUAGACACCAAAUAAAUGAUUUAAAUGUGAAAAAGAAGGAUUUAAAAGCAUGACAUGUCUCCUUUAACUGUACAAGUACACUUAAAUACACUUAAAUACUUAAGUACCGUCAUGGAGCACUGGUUAACACCUGGAGUAUUCAGUUGUGGGUUAAAUCAAAAGUGAAAAGAAAUCAAAAAAAAUCUCUGAGGAGUAAUUUUUGGGAUAUUCAAAUUYAACAGAUUUAUAAAGGCAAUUCCUAAUUAUUCGCAGUCCAUCCCUUCACUGAGACAAAAAGGACACACAAGUAGAAAACCUUCAAGACAGCCGCUAAUCCAACCAGGAGCGGAAAUUUCAAGAAUUUCUCCUCAAACUGAGACUGAGCAUUGAUCAUGGGAAUUGCAGGAAGGAAAUAAAGGAAACCAACAUGUCAGACUCUACAGAUUGUAGUUACCAUGAUGAAUGUUAAAAGUUCACGACUGUACAAUCAAAGCUAAACAAGUCGGGUUUGUAUGGAAGGGUGGCCAGGAAAAUAAAUCUCUUCACUAACAAGAAUAUGGCUGCACGGCUUAGAUUUGCCAAGUUGCGUCUCAACAAAUGACACGACUUUUGGAGAAGUGAUCUUUGGAAAAAUGAGACCAGACAUAAGUUGUCUGGUCAUAAUGAUUAGCACCGUACCAGAUAAAAACCAAACAACAUGAACUCCACGUUCAUCUGUCUGACAGCUGAAACUUCACCAAAACUGAGAAACGCAAUGGGACAAUGGAUGAGCCCAAUGCAAGAAACUGACAACGGGAUGGUUAAAAACAAAAAGAAUCGAGGUGUGCCCUCUACCCAAAUAUUUUAUUUUGGCAAAAUCUUUAUAAGUGUUUGGUAUUAAACACUUGCAAACAGAAGAAAAUGGGCAAAAAUCCUUCCAUUUAGGCUUGGAUAUGACCGUUAAACAGCGACASAAUGUAAGGAAUUAUGUUUUGUAUAAUUUAUAUUUAUUCAAUUUAAAGACCUGUCAAUGAGCAAUGAUUUUUAAAAAUGCAACAUUAUGUAAAACCUUAGGCCUGAAAGAAGGUGUACCAACAUUUUACCAGAAUAAUAAAACUUCAGGGAUUGUUGUACUUGAAUAAAAAUAGCUUAAAAUGGUAUGGAAAAUUAAAACAUAACAUAUGAAUUGACAUCCUCAUAAUGCCUGUCUUUUUAUGAGUGUGUGUUUUUGUGUGUCCAGCAUGUGGUUACAGGUGGUCACUGUGUUCAUCAGAACAGACGUCUGCUAUAAGAAGACAGAGAUUGCCUUUGGAAUCUGCAAAAGAACAAGAAAUAAACAUUGAAAAGAAAAAUGACUGCAAAGACCUCCUGGUGGACUGGCAUUUCUCCUCAUGAUGGAUGGACUUUUAAAAAAAUCAUAAAAAAAUAAAAUGCAUGAGGUUUGGCCCCUUUUAAUCUCCAACAACACAUUUUUUAGAAAAAUAAAAUUGUCUGUCACAUUCUAGCCUUCCUGGAAAAGCUCACUGAUUGCAACAGACUUCUUAUUAAAAUAAAUGAGGCCAUGGAACUGGUAAGAAUGUAGUCUGAACCUUGGGAGAUGUUGAAGGGAAAAAAUAAGACCUUGGGGAGAAAAGGAGGGAGAAAAUUCAGUUUUCAGAGAAAAGAAAUAUAAAACUUUAUUGAUUGAUAGUACUUGCUUUAACAUCGACUUGGCUUCUUUUCUAUUUUUGCAUCUGUACUAAUUUUACCACUCACAUAUUAUAAAAGAGCUUUCAUAUUUAGGAUUCAGUUUUUUUAUUCCCAUCAUUACUAAAUAUAAAAGGAAAGAAAACAUUUUAUGAAGUACAUGUUUAUAUAAAAAUAUAUAAUUUGAAUUAGUACAUUAUUUAAGAAAAUCUAAGCCAAGAAGGAGAAGCUGUGUGUAAACAUAUGUGUGUCUUUACUUCCUCUUACAGUAGCAGAAACAUUGCCAAGUUUCUGCUGGAGCACCUUAAAAAGAUCUUGAGUCAUACUACAACAUCCUAUUACAACGACAAAAACAAGACUGAACAUUUUGAAAACACAAUAACUGGGGUUGAAAUAAUAUUAUUGUUAUUUGUGUUAAUUUUACAAUUUAGAGAAUUUAUGGAUGUAGCUGCAUUUAUCAAAGCUUUGAUCAAACAGUGUUUGUUUAAAAAAAAAAAAAGAACCACGCCAUGUAGGCAGUAAAUCUGCCUAAAGUUCUGGCUGUCUGGGGGCUUUAACACAGCGGAAGCUGGAGAACACACAACAAAGAGCGACAGGAAUAUUCACUGAAGCCUCAGUUUGGGCUUCUAGCGCCCGUCAAAGCAAUAUCUGGAAACACUUUUUCUUCUGCAACAACAAAAACAUGCAGCAUCCCAGAUUUCAGAACCAACAUAGCAGCAUCAAACCACAUUAGCCACCAUGGUCAGGCCUUAGAAAAGAGGUUUAUGCAGAAAUUCAGUUCAGGCUAAACGCACCAGCCCAGAGGACACAUAGAGAACACAACUAACAGAGCGAGUCCAACCUUGGUCAAACAUGAAGCCACUUCCAAACACUACAGAUGACAUCAGCUCUUCUUUAAAUUGUUUUCUAGCAUGAAAACAUCUCUGGACUUGUAGGUGAAAAAYGGAGGAUUCUAACAGAGAAAAUGUUCAGAACGUUUUGGUUUUGAUUUUUCUGUGGUCUUGUGGACAGUUCUGGCACUGGAGCAGAAGAAGAAGAGAGAUUAAGUCGCCACACCUAGUGUUGAUUACAUCUUAUUAAAAAGGAGGGUUUGAAAUUAAAUACUGUAAUACCUGUAAUACCUGUAAUACUUGUUUAUAUACAAAAGGCCAACAGUUUGGACAAAUAGAUUCAAACUAUUUUUUAAAAGAACAUUGUGGUAAUCUUUGAGCAUGAUUUUACAGUGGUAAUAAUGCGUUUGUUAGUCUGAGACAAUUUCCAGUUUACAGCUUCAACAUUUCACUGCAAAAACGACAGACGGGAGGCGUGAGAAUUGGAAAUGCAACAAGUUAUCCCUCUUGUGAAACCCGGUGUGCCUGCUCGUACAUGUCUGUGUGCUUUUUGAUUACGUAGAGAAACCAUAGGCCUUCAGUCAGGCAGAAGAGCCUGUGGAGUGGGGUGGACUGUGGGGCUUUACACAAGCCAACAGAAGGCAGGAAAUCAGGAAAUCGGCAGAGUAAAGAGACAAUACCGCAGAGAUUAGAGCUCAGUUACCCCCUCCUCUUUGUGGUUGACACGUUUGCUCGCAGACUACAACUUCCUUUGAUAAGCACUCAAUCACUGAACACCCACAAACCUUUUCACACUCUAUUUUUCUCACCCUUCCCUUUAUUGAAACACUUGCUUUUGUGCUGUUCUGAUUCAGUUUUAUAUGAUCAGAAAGAAAAGAAAAAACAAACAGCUUCUCUUUUGCACCCACUCUUUCAGGUGAAGGGUGCAGCCAAACAACCAGCAGGACUUCACCUGAUGACUAAAAGGCAGACUCCUCAGACGGAACGAUAAAAUCACACUGACUUGCAAAAACCUCUGAAGUGGGAUGAGUUCAUCAAUUAGAAACGACGAGAUAAAAUCUGAGCUUAGUUUUCCACCUGGAUGUCUUUCUUUUGUACUCCGACCUCCCCCUGGUUUAUCAUUUACGCAAGGAGGACUUUCACCAGAAACACACCUGGAGAGCUUUCCACAGUGAAAGGAGUUUACGCAGAAUGGAUUAACAAAACGGAUUUAAUGUUCAAACUUACUAAAGCAGGUAAGAAACCAUGUCUCAAUGGUCUCUUUGCAGGUACAGAGGAGUGUCCUGGAUGCAAAAGCUUUAAUUUGAAAGGUUAUUGAUCAGUCACAAAGGAGUAGACUACUUGCACAAACUGUUUCACUGUUUCAAGGCUGAGUAAUAAGGUUUGCCUUGUGACAGUUGACAAGCCCAUUCAUGUCAAGAAACAGUUUGCCUAAGAGUGCAGUUAAAAAAACAAGUGAGAUUCCUGACAGACACGGCUGUACAUGUGGGAUUCUAAUAUUUUCUACUAUUUAUUACACAAAAACAGAUGGCAUUAUGCCUUUGAGGUGCAACGUUUCCUAAGAAUCCACUGUGGGAGCAGGAAGCACGCGGCAGAGUAAAACUCAACUAAAUCUACCAAGAUGCCACUAAGAACAACACUGCACAGAAAAUCAAGCCGUUUGUCCAACAGGCACUCGAAGCGGAGGGAGGUGCUCUCCGUCAACAUGAUCAGUUUACCACACAAUGAUUUCCGCCACAUCGCUCAUAUUGGAAUUGAUGUAAAUAAAGACAGCUUUGGAGAUUUAUCCUUUCUAAAGCAGGGCCAUAGCCUACUCCAACAAAGUUCCAAAAGUGAGCAGAACCUCUUCCUAGCCUGCUCGCCACCUCCAAAGCCUCCUCGCCUCAAUCUGAAUGAAAAAGAGGAAUCGCGGAGCCCUGAGUGGUCUGUCGAUCAGAAGAGGCAGAAAUGUAACUCUUUGCCAAUGCUGGACAGUGACGACGAAGAAGAGCUGAAUAAGGAGGGGCACCACAACGGGAAUAACGUCGCAUCCAAUCAGACUGAUAGGCUUAUUCGUGGCAGCGUGAAUUCAGACACGUGUGAAGAAUCUCCAGAGAGCUGUCACAAAACUACUGAACUAAAAGACGAGGACAGCGGUUUCUCGUUCAGCCUCGACCUGGGCCCUUCAAUCCUGGACGAUGUUCUCAAGGUGAUGGACAAACAGCACAGCUGAAGAAACCAUGAAACAUGGCUCACAGGGAGAUGUUUGGAAUAUCAAGAACAAAUGAAACUCAAGCGCUUGUAAGGAGAAAAAAAACCCUGAUCCUAAAUUGAAAUCAUGAAACAAACAUUAUUAUUCAGAUAUUUGUGUGAUCUCUUAAAAAAAUCAACACUUAGAACACUGUGGUCUUCAGCACAUGUACUGUCAAUUUUAAAGACUUUUUAAAAUUUCUUUAACAUUUCCCCUUUUCUAUUAUUGUAUCUCAAACUGCACAACACUGAAUAGGGUUGUUAGGAGUAUUGUGUUUAGAAAAGCGAAGGCUGGAAUCCAAGGUUUUGAGCUGUGAUGUCUUGACUCUUCGCAUGCUUGCCAAUCUACUUUGUGCAGAAAGCAAUUUCUACUCCGCACGCAUGUCAGAGGCCCCACUGCAAGGUAGACCAAGGUACCCCCCAUCACCCGUUCCCAACAGUACAAUGAAAACAAACAUUUAGCUCUGCUUCCAAUAAAAAGCCAGCCAAUGGUGGCAGGUUUGGCGGCACACCAAACCAGGCCACAGAUCCAAGACCUUAAGAAGCAGCAAGGGAAAAAAAGGCAGAUCAAGCUGUUUUCUUAGCUGCAAAUAAGACUCCGAUGCCCUGGUUAGCUGUGCACGAGAAAGAAAGUGGUAACAGGUAACAUAAUAUUUCUAUACUGUACAUGCAGGGGGUGUCGAGGGAUGAAGACUAGACACAUCAAUUACUGCAGCAGAGGUCCUGAUGAGGGUUUAAACACUACCUUCUGGACAAACACGCGCCUGACACGAAAGACAUGCAUGCUACAACUCUCAUACACCGGAACACGAGUACAGAAAAGGAUGCAUGCAUGGGUAUUUCUACCCACAUCCUUAAACUGUGCCAGUAAAGCAAAGUCUAUUUUUGAUGAGACAGUGGCUCAGUUUGGACCUCUGUGGGGGGUUGACAAGAUGGUAUGUUGGCUAAAUACACAGAAAAUUUUGAAUUCCUAUGAGCCCAGAGGUUAUGAACCAAAAUGUACAAACCACAAGCGUCCUGCUUCGAGCAACAAAUUUAGAAUUCUCUGUAUGUCCAAACAGAAGCAGCAAUAAGUUUUGGGUACAUCAGCCCUGCAUGUCUGUUUUGGAGUCUGCCGUUGUAACUGUGAUAUUUCUGUUUCUUGUAUAUGUUUUGACAAUAGCUAUUGUGAAACAUUUCUUGCAUUGUAAAGUGAACCAUUUUGUACUUUGGUUGAGAAACAAAAAUUAUGCAUCAUUUAAAUUCCAACAUUUGGUGGUUUUGUGGAUAAAYGGCAUGAGAAUGUUUACAGACCCCAAUGGAUUUACAUUUCCUUGGCUUUUUAGUGUCAGAAGCCAAAAUGGUGGGACUAAGACUUGUAGGUUACUUAUAUCUACCAGUUUUCUCUUUAUUUGUUCUUCAAAAAAGUUAGCCUUGUACAACAAACCUCUCAAUAUUUCAACAUUGGGAUAGAUGUUUAAAUUAAUACAGGCAGAUAUAGCUAGGCCAAACUUCGCAGAGUCCAAAAAAACCAACAAAAAUUGUUUAUAUGAUUUUUACUGCUCCGAGGCACACCUGAAACACGAUGACUAAAGUGUUAUCAGUUAGAAGGAAAUGCAAAAGACUUGUUCAGACAGAUGUCAAACUGCACUGUGCUAAUUAAAAUAAMCUUUCAUGAUUAAACAACAUUUUAUUUACAAGUAAAGUUGUUUUGAAACACUAAAGGCUAAAACUUCAAAUGUG